AUGUCUAGAACAUCAAAACGAAAAAACUUUACGAUUUCUUUGACUACUUACACCAAAUUUCAUCUCAAAUCUUCACACCCCGUAAGAUUCAUUUAUUUUCCGUUCUUCAAUGCAGAAGACGAGCACUACUGUAAGGAGUGUUUGCUCUUGGCUGGUAUUCGAUUUCAAGAGUCCAUCGGACAACCCUCGUUUUACAGGAAACCUAGAUUCACAGAUUAUCACAUCACAUUUCACCUUGAAAAAGAAAGUUUCAGAAAAGGUUUUAAGGAAUCACUCAACAGGAAGAAAAUCCGCGCAUCAAUAAGGGACGCAGGAUUUAGAUGUUUUGUAAGGUAAAACUUUACUUGUUUUUACAGAUCCAGAUUCUUAGCAUGUUGUUGUGAUUAAAUUGAGGAUGUUGUCACGGUUUUACCUUCAGCAAACCGACAACGCCACCGUACUGCAGGAUCACAUGAAGAAUCUUUUUUUACACUCGGCAUCCUCCCGGUAUCUAUGCCAACUACGUACGUACCCCAGGCAUGAGAGGCCUCGACCUCGAUUGCUGCUUUUUAUCCUCGUUCUACCUAUUCGCCUGUUGUUAUGUCUAUGAACACAAUGCCCGGGAUGAGAAAAAGCCGAAACCGCUCUAUCCGAAUGAUAAUUUUUAGGAUUUAAGUAAGGGAAUCAGAUUUAGUUUCAUCAUCAAGCACGAUCGAGUUGUUGAAAGGGACGAUGGUCCUCUUCCUAUGUUGUUUCGAUAGCGAUCGCGAAGAUGUGGAGGGGGCGAUGGGAAGCAGGAGCAAAACACGACGAAAAAAUAACUCGAUCGAAUUAAUAUCUCUUCAACAUUUUCCUCUUGUCAAAAGGAGAAUCAACAGUUUUUGAAAAUCACAAGAAAUGGAAACAACUGC